CUAGAGCAUGCCCAGUGCCUACAGGUUUUAAAAUGUCAGUCCCUGUUUGGUCUGUAAACAUGACAGAACUGUAAAGAAGUACUUGGCAGAAGUUACUGCCGACUCUGAUAUUAGAUAUGAAAAUAGUGUAGUGUUACAAAUAAAAUUGUCGUGAUAAGUUUUAGAAAAAAUGGAAUCCAUUGAUAUUGAGAAGAAAGAUAUGGCUACAACCGAUCCCUCAAGGUUCACAGUAAAAGAUUAUGUUGAUAUUGUGGAAAAGCAAAAGUAUCAAUUUGAUGCAUUCUUUUGCCUUAAAUUUUGGAGACCUAAGCCUAACUUACAUCCUGAAGCAACCAAGUUUAUUGCUGAUAGUAUACUUGAAAGUCCACGUAUGAAAGACGUCAUUCAUCAACUUCUCCUUGAAGGUCAUAAUGGUGUAAACAGCUAUGAAAACAUUGUUGUCCAAAUCAAAACCAUUUUGGAGGAAAUGGGUCAUACAUACAGUCUUGGUACUAUCCGUGUAAUUGGUUUUUUCCUUGCUAAGCUGCUGAGAAAUUUAUAUCAAGGUGUAGCAAUUAACAACUCUGCUGUCCUGAAGCUCAGUAAGGCAAUGUCUGAAGGACCUGUUUUAAUCUUACCCACACAUAGAAGCUAUGCAGAUUUUCUGCUAAUAUCAUAUCUUUGCUAUACUAUGGAUAUCCCUCUUCCUGUUAUUGCCGCGGGAAUGGAUUUUAAAGGAAUGAAAUUUGUGAAUCGUGUGCUGCAAAACGCGGGUGCUUUUUACAUCAGACGCUCGUUUGGUCAUGACCAACUUUAUUGGGCUGUGGUUUCUCAGUACAUUCAAUACCACAUCAAGAACUUUCAAGCUCCAAUUGAGUUUUUUCUUGAAGGAACACGAAGCAGAAACGGUAAAAGUUUGCCACCCAAAAUAGGUUUAUUAUCGAUGGCGUUGGAACCUUAUUUUAGGGGAGAUGUACCUGACAUUAAAAUUUGUACUGUCAGUAUUACCUAUGAGCGUACUCUUGAAGAAAAUCUGUAUGCGUGGGAGGCCCUUGGAGUUCCUAAGCCGAGAGAGUCUACUUCGGGUUUUUUGAGCGCCGUCGGGAAGAUCCGUGGACAGAAUUACGGUCAAAUCUAUGUUAAUGUCUCGGAUCCAAUUUCUGUUCGAGAUCAUAUAAGUAAGCGAACUGAACCAAAUUGGAACACACCGUCGUUUCGCUUUACAUUGAAUGAGUACGAGAAAAGUCGCAUUCAUUCCUUGGCCUGGAACUUGGUCUCUAAGCAACAGAAAGAUGCUAUCACACCAGUGUCUGCCGUUCUUAUGUCAGCACUGUCUGUGAAUAAACAACUCAACAUCGAUCAGCUUGUUGAAUAUGUCGUUUUGUUCAACUCGGUGUUGAAAAAGUAUGGAACCCCUUGUUUAGUCCAGGAUGAUACCGUAGUUCAAGCUAUUAAAGACUGUCUUGACGCCCAUAAGCUAAUCAUAUUUCGUGCCUCCAAUGAAUUCUUUAGUUGUCAACCGGCAAUUUCAGAAGGUGCUGAUAUUCAAAUUCUUGCAGCGGAUCGUUUAGUUUUGCAGCAGUACACUAAUCAGUUACUAGGACCACUGAUUAAUGUUGCCGUAUUCGGUAUAAUUGAAGCAAAAUGCGCUCGAGAGUCAAGUGAUAUUAUCAACGAAUCAAUGUUUUUUGCAAAGUAUUUUAAAGAUGAAUUUAUUUUAAUAACCAGCUAUACACAAAAUGAUAUCGCUUCCUUGAAUGAUGCAAGCAAUCCAAUGCUCAAGAAUGUUUUAGGUGUUUUGCUUCAACCAUUUUUGGAAUCUUUCUAUAUUAUUCUCCAUCUGAUUGCUAUGGGAUUCUCAACCAUUAAAGAGAUUCAACUUCAAUACAGGAAUGUGGUUAGCACUAUUUUGGCAGAAGGAGCCAGUAGCUUUCUUGAAAUUUUAGCGAUUGAUAAAAUUUCUCGUCAUGUGCUUAAUCUGGUUACCAACGGUCAUCUUUGUGCAGUGAAGACGGGUAAUAAUACCAGUUAUCAACAAAUGGACGAUAUUUCGCCCAUCAUAGUUAAAAUUGAAACUUAUUUGGACGAGCGGCUGAAGCGCUUCAUGGUAUCUCAUCGACAGAAAACCGUCCUAAUUCAGUCUCAUCUUUAAUAAUUUUUCUGAAAACUGCAAGAAUUUUUUUUGUCUUACCGGUUGCCUCAACUCAAAUUAAGGUUUUCCGCUUUCUUCAAGGCAUUUUUCCCGCCGCUUAUCGAUAACAUCAUUUGUAUAAUUUAGAUCUUCGGCAGGGUCGUCGUCAUCCCGUUUGGUAACAAUCGGCUUGAAUAAUUAAAAAAUGAUUAUUUAGCUAUAAAAAUCAACUGGCAUCUUUACAAUUCAACCCUCUAUUUGCAUUUCCCCAAUGUGUGAGCUUAAAAUUAACACGGUGGUUGGUUUAAAAUGAUUCAAAAUCUCACUGACCUUGUGAGCAAACUGAGUCUCAAAUGUGUGAUGUAAAUAGUUUAUUUCACUUUUAUUCUCUCCACCUCUGGGUAUAAUUAUAGGGGAGCUCAAGUCGAAUCUGAGUUGAUGGCUAAAAUUAGAGUUGUAGCAAUUACUCUGCAUCAGUUACGCGUUCAUAACAUGGUUAAACUGUAGUUCAAUUAUUUACCUAAACUUUGUUGUGAAUGCCAAGUGUGAAAAUAGAUCUUUUGCGACCUUCA